AUGGCGUGCCCGCCAGCUCGUGAUUCCAUUGCAGAAGCAGCUGAGGAAUGCAAAGAGUUGGUGAUUCACAUUCUACCAGACAUUCCACUAGAACCUUCGGAGUGGCCAGAAUGCUGUAUCUACAGGGUUCCUGAGCAACUGUGCAAAGUAAAUGGAGAAGCCUACACCCCUAAGCUAGUCUCAAUAGGACCCUUUCAUCACGGCAACGAUGAGUUGAAGGACAUGGAAAAGCACAAACAGAGGUAUUUGAUGGAUUUCUUGUUUCGGACUCAGAAGAGCCAAAAGGAUCUUAACGACACCGAUAAAAUUCUUUUGGCUCUUCUAAAGAUAAUUGAAGACAACGAAAUAAAAAUCCGUCAUUGCUAUUCGGAAGACUGUAGUCUCAACAGUAAAGAUUUUGUCAAAAUGAUUCUAUUGGAUGCCAUCUUUAUAAUAGAGCUCUUCUUAAAGGAUAAAGAAAAAAAAGGUGAUUACAUAUCAAGUCAACCAUGGCUAAGACAUGGUAUACUACAUGACUUGAUAUUACUUGAGAAUCAACUUCCUUUUUUUGUUCUUGAGAAAUUAUAUAUGUUCGCCUUCAAUGACUCUUCCGUUUGCAACCAUUGCAAAGAAGGCAAGCAAAUUGAGGAACACAAAGAGGACCUGAAGAACGAGGAUGCUCCCUUUGUCAGGCUUUCUCGCAAUUACUUUGGAUGCUAUGAUAAGGAUAAGGAUAAGGAGCCAAAGUCCAUCAUACCUAUCGGUGAGGAAGUAAAACAUUUCACAGAUUUGUUAAGAUAUUUGUUAUGUCCGCCAAACAUGGAAGAGUACUGGAAGCGUAAAAUGAAACGGUGGACCAGCGAAGAAGAAUUUCUGCAUUCAUCCAAAAAAACAAAAACAACAAAGUCUGGUACUCAAUUUUGUGCCACAAAACUUGAUGAUGCAGGAUUGAAAUUCAAAGUUAAAUAUAAUGGACGCUUACUAGGCAUAACACUCCCUGGGUGCUUGGGAUGCUUUCCGUGCUUUGGUUUAUCAUGCCUAUGUGCUUGCUUACCAUGCUUGAUCUGCUUUCCAAGCUUGACAUGCUUACUUGGGUGCUUCGGAUUCCCUAUGCAUAUCUUCAAAGUCCCACAACUUGUGAUAGACCAUGACACUGAAGCUAUUUUUCGAAACCUCAUGGCCCUAGAGCAGUGUCUUUAUCCAUCUAAAACUUACAUUUGUAGUUAUCUUUUGCUAUUGGACGGUCUUAUCGACACUGAAAAAGAUGUGGAUUUGCUUGUUGAUAAGAAGAUCAUUGUUAACCACUUCAGUAACAACGGUGACGUGGCGGCUCUAAUUAACAAACUCGGCUAUCAGAUUGGCAUAACUAAGUCCUCUUAUUUCAGUCGUAUUUCUGAAAAGCUUAAUGAGCACUACGAGUUCACUUUGAACCAUUUCUUGGCAACCCUGAGAAGAGAGUAUUUCACUAAUAUUUUCAGAGGCACAGCAACUGUUGUUGGACUUAUCAUCUUGGGUUUCACUUUCUGGAGUUUCCUUAGGCCUUUUGUCGUGGAGAAUUGA